AUGUCGGACAAUGAAGACCUAUUAGGUGACGAUUUAGGAGACCAGAGCCUUGCGGACUAUAACCUUGGCAAUGAGGAGGAGGAACAGCUCUUGGCUGAUGACUAUGACAGUGCUGGUCCUCAAAAUGUACCAACUUCUAUUGGAUCCAGUUACCGUGAGCCCAUUGAUAUGGGCCCACCGGAGUAUACCAGUCAUCUAGAGUAUAAUAAUCAGCCACCCAUACAGUAUCAAGCUAUUGCAGACACGGAGUGUGUGGUGCCGAAUAUAACUGUAGAAGUACCGAAUGCUCCGAUGCCAGAGGUGCCUACAUACGCUCCGUAUGAACCACCAGUAUAUGAGGAACAUGCUGUACCACCUGCAAUUCCAGCAGCCCCAGUGGAAUCACCACAGAUUGUGCCAUCAGAUAUGAAUGCUCAGAUCCAAAAUGGAGAUUUAGGUGGUCCUCGGGAAAGAUUUAUCUCUGAGAGACCACCGGGUGCUCAGCGACUGCCACAAGUUAGAGAUAUACCUGAUACCUUAGAUAAGGUAGUGAUACCUCGCGGCGGGUUCCCCCGCGGUCGUACGUCGUGGCGCAAUCCUCAGUACGCACAGCGGUUCCCGCAUCCGUAUAGGAGGAAUAAUAUGCAUCGGGGUAACUUCAAUCAGCGACCAUCAUUCCCACCCCCGCAACUAAGACCCAGCCCCCCACAUAACCGGCCUGAAAUCCAUCCCGAAAUGAGACCCGAAAUCCGCCCUGAAAUGCGGCCUGACAUCCGACCUGAGAUUCGGCCUGAACUACGUCCCGAUAUAAGGCCAGAUAUGAGAAUGGAACCUCCGAAUCUCCCACCUAUGGGGCCGGAGAUAUCUCCGGAACGUCCGUUAUUGCCCCAGGACAUGCCCCCAAUGUACCGUCCACCCAUGGAACGUCCACCAUUCAUGCCCCGAUUCCAAUUUAGGCCCCAUAUGGACGAGCGUCCUCAAUUUGGGCCUGUGAGGCAGAAUUUUGAGCCAAGGCCAGUGUUUUACAGGCCGGGCUUCCCACCGAGGCAGUUUGCUCCCCCUAUGAGGGAGAUUGUGCCUAACGCUAGUCAUAUGCCUCAAGUGACGAUCAGGCAGGCGAUGCCAAUGGCGGGGCCAAGUAUGGAUAAAGUGAUUAAAGAAGGUCCCAGGGAGCCUGAAGUAAGGAUGUUACCGGUGCCUUUACCAGCGAAUUUGCCUCCAAGAGGAUUGGCCGGCAAGAAAGUGCUCAUCAAUCCACACUUUAAAGGGAAUUUCCAGCCGCCUGUUGAAGGACCAGUGAAAGAUAUAGAUGACGCAGCGGAGAGGUUCAUUGCGGAGCAGCGCAAUGCUCUAGCCAGGGCCGCUGUUAGGAAGUACUCGAGGAGGUCACCGCCACAGAGAUACAUAGAAAACACGACGAUAGAGAUAGAGAACGAGCUGGCGGCCGGCGGCAGACGUCGCAGUCACGACGAUGAUGACUUGUUGAGGAGGCAGGAGGAGUUCAUUAAUGCUAACCGAGCUGGACUUCGGAGGAGAAUGCGGUCUCCGUCCCCGGUCCGUCGCUCAGUGUCCCCGCGCCGCUCGCCCGAGCGCAGACCUCGACCCGACACUGCCAGGCACUCGGAUGAGGACAGUGAAUACAAACGUCGCCUUCGUGAACAGGAAAGUUUACGCGAGCGAGUGCUUCGCGCCAAGGAGGUACGACGCAGGAAGAAUGCUCUACAGAGGAUACAUGGGGACCGUGAGCGUGAAAAUCAAGAAAAGGAAGCUUUACUCAAGACCCCGGAGCAGGCCGCGCCACCCGCAGCGGACCCCGCAUCGGACCCGGCGUCCCACGCGGCGGCCCAGCCCGCGGCCCCGCCGGCCCCCGUGGCGGCCCCGGCGCGGCCCGACACGACGCGCGACAGCCCGCCGCCGGCGGCCGGGAACACGGCGGCCGCCAAGGAGGAGCCCGAAGUUAAUUCUACUUGUGAAGCCCUGACCCCCCCUACGGGCGAGGUCCGCGAGGCCCUGACCCCUCCCCUGCCGGGCCGGCGCGGGGACAGCGACGACGACCUCGACCUCAUCCUCGGGGACAUCGACGGGAUACUCUCCGACGAUGACGACUCUGGACGGUUCAAGGAUAACUCUAACAAACCAGAGCCCCAGAAGUCGAAGCCUCAAAUAGACCUCCGUACGAAGCUCCCUCCCAAGUCUAGCAGUGAACAGAAGAAGCAACAACGACAGAAGAUUGUGUUCACUGACGACAGAGACGAGAAACCCAAGAAAAAAGAUAAAUCUCCCCCACGCCGAGCUGUAGUGACUAGCUCGACGGUCACAGAUGAUUUUGAACCAGAAGUCAAAAAACUAAAGGUAAAACCUAAGCAAGACUCAAUUCCUGCUAAAUCUAGACAGAGGAUAACUUAUGAGAAAGAGCAAGCCGACAAAGAGAAAGACGAGGAUAAAAAAUCGAGCUUCUCGAACCGACGAGUAAUACUACAGAGGAAAUCACCAAAGGAGAAAUCAGUAUUUUCCCGCAUCGAGGUCAAAGCGGACGUAUCUCACCCCGGCGCGGGAAUAUUCAGCCGCGCGGUCCGGACCGCCAUCAACCCGGACCCUCGCCCCGCACAGACCACUCAGUCCCGCGAGCCCGCCGUCCACGUGGACGAGGACUCGGAGGACGAGGACGAGGUCCAGUCCUCCGCUUCCACGGCCCGGGUAUCGAACCUGCCCCCCGGGAUCACGGACACCCGCCUCAGAACGCUGGCCGGCAAUGAGCUACAGGUAACUUCUAUAGGGUUCCUUUAUCAUUGUUUUUAUCUUUUGAAGAUGGUGGUUCGAAUGGUAGCGUUAAACAUUACUAUUUCACAGAAAGUAGGCCUGGAUAUUAAGUCCAAUGUUAUUGUUAGUACUUUUUGUACAUCAAUGUUGCGUUAG